AUGAAAUACAAUUAGGACAUCCGUGUUGACUGUGAGUGGUUAAAAAAACUAAACAAAAGUAAGACACUAGGACAAGCGGUGCAAGUGUUUGAAAUAUUUAAAUAGAUAGCGCACUCCAGACACUAGUUGCUUCCAGCUACUCAGAUAUUGAUUAUGCAUAGGGCAAUACGUCUUUUCCUGGCCGCCGCGUUUUGCGCGGUGUGCCAGUGUGCCACGAAUGUUGCCAUAACCAAUCACUGGAACGGAGGAUUCCAAGGGGAACCAUGCAUCCCCAUCACCAAGGAAUUGAACGGGUGGAGGGCGCACCUCUUGUUCAGUGAGGACGUGGACACUAUUGAAGUCUGGGCGGCCGAGGUCACCAAGCUAACUCCAAGAGAUUUCCUGCUCAUCAACAAGGAUUACGACGCUCAGCAGCACGUAGGGGAUCAGCUCUGCUUCACGUUUGUAGCCCGUGUCAACAACAAGGACAUCACCCCGACCGUAACACUCUACAUCGAAGGUAUGGACGGCCCUGGCUCGAACCCUACUCAAGGUCCUCAAAAUCCAGUGGGUACCUCGGCACCGAACACUGGUGGUGGCUCUGCUAGGAAGGACUACGCCAAAGCUCUGGGCAAUUCAAUCUUAUUUUACGACGCUCAGAGAUCUGGUAGACUACCCUCUAACAACCCGAUCCGUUGGAGAGGCGAUUCAGCUGUCAACGAUUGUGUACCGGGGGGCUGGUACGAUGCUGGCGACCAUGUGAAGUUUGGCCUUCCAAUGGCUUCGUCCACCACCCUCCUCCUGUGGUCACUCUACAGAUUUAAAGACGGCUACUCGAAAGCUGGACAGCUGGACAUGAUGUAUGAUAUGAUCAAAUGGCCGUUAGAUUAUUUCCUCAAGGCCUGGAAACCACAGUCAAGAGAACUGGUGGUCCAGGUCGGAGACGGCAAUGCUGACCACUCUUUCUGGGGGCGCCCCGAGGACAUGAACAUGGCACGCCCCUGCCAGACAGUCAGUUCUUCGAAUAAGGGUAGUGAUAUAGCUGGUGAAACAGCCGCUGCACUGGCCGUUGGAUCUAUCGUGUUUAAGGAGAAGGGCGAUACUUCCUACAGCACACAGCUACUCACGGCUGCGGAAAGUCUUUUUGCUUUUGCUAAGUCUAACAGAGGUAUAUUUAGAGGCUCGGCACCUUUCUACUCAUCAAGUGCAGACCAAGAUGAGAUGUGCGUCGCUGCUGCCUGGCUGUACAGAGCCACACGUAACAACCAAUAUCUCAAUGAUGCCAACUCACUUGUAGAGGACGCCUGGGCCUGGGCUCUGGGCUGGGACGACAAAAAAAUUGCUUGCCAGCUUAUACUGUAUGAGGAGACACAAAAGUCUACACUAAAGGACGCAGUGGUCGGGUUCAUGCAGUCCUGGUUACCUGGGGGUGGCAUCACGUACACACCUUGUGGCCUGGCCUGGAGGGAUCAGUGGGGCGCUAACAGAUAUGCUGGAAACUCAGCAUUCUUAGCCUUGUUGGCUGCUGAGGCUGGAAUUAAUACAGCGGACUACAGGAAGUGGGCGGUGGAACAGAUCAACUACAUACUAGGGGACAACAACCACGACGGCGGCUGCUACAGCUUCCAGAUCGGCUACGGCAACAAGUUUCCCAGACAGCCUCACCACAGAGGAGCCUCUUGCCCUGACAGACCCGCCCCUUGCAGUGGAGCUCAGCUUAACGACCCUGGCCCAAGCCCACAGAUCCUCGUUGGCGCCAUUGUUGGAGGACCGGAAGCCAAUGACAACUACCGCGACGUCAGGACCGACUACAUCCUGAACGAGGUAGCCACGGACUAUAACUCUGGAUUCCAAGGCGCACUCGCUGGCAUCGUGCACCUUCAGGCAACGAACAAUCUUCCAGUCACUCACAACAAAUGUCAAUGUAACGGAUAAAAAGUCUAAAGAUACAAUUAUUGUUUGUCUACUAUAUAAAUAUUGAAUAAACAUGCAAUGCGCUUAAGCUCUGCAAGAAA